AUGCAUAUUUUCAAGUGUCUUCGGGUUGGCCUCCUCCUCACGACAGCAGCAACGACUGUCGAUGCUCGCAAAAGCGACGCGAUACUAUUAUCGACCGUAAAGUCACUCACACUACGAGAUGGACACGACACAACACAUCGACGGGUAUCCGCGUUACCACAGCUAAAAUGCAUCGGAGGCAACGCGAAGGGACUCUACAAUGUCGAUGUCAUGCGCUGCCGAAACUCUGGUUCGGAGUACGGCGCCGAAGAUAUUUCUUGGACGUGCAAGGCCUCUCUACCGCCGGAAUUCAAGCUGGGUAGCACGGACGUCAUAUGUGAAGGAUAUGAUAGCCCGGACGAUCCAUAUGUCCUCAAGGGCUCAUGUGCUGUUGAGUAUCGAUUGGUCCUCACCCCGCUUGGAGAGGAGAAGUAUCGCGAUCAACUUGGCUCGAAAUGGAGGAGUUCAUCGAGGAAGAACGGACCGGGUGUCGAGCAAGAUGGGGGCGAUUGGAUCGCUGGGAUGUUGUUCUGGUUGAUUUUCGGAGGGAUCGUCUGUGUGAUCAUCUACAGCAUAUUCUACGGCGAGAACAACAAUAACGCCAACCCACGCCCACGUCAUCGAAACGCUGGCUGGGGAGGUGGCGGCGGGAACGACAACAAUGGCGACGAUGACCCUCCUCCACCAUAUACACCUCGCGGACCAUAUGGAGGUUCACCACGCGGAAAAUCAUCGACGUCGUCAUCGUCCAACAGCAGGUCUCGGAAUUCAUCCUGGCAGCCAGGUUUCUGGUCUGGCACGGCCGCUGGAGCCGCGGCGGGAGCCGCAGCGGGAUACGCAGCAGGCAGCCGGAACUCAGGUCGUGCAGCGGCGCGACAACCUGCUCGUGAGUCUCGAUGGGUCGGCGGCGGGAUGGGCGAGUCGGCUUUUGGUGGGAGUGACAUGGCGGGUCCGAGCAGCAGUCGGCAUGAAUCGACAGGCUUUGGCGGCACGUCACGACGUUGA